CUUCAAAUUCAAACUGUCCUGAGAGACACAUAUAUCUGGAAAUUUCAACCUCUUGUCAUUUUAUUCAACAUUGUUUCGUCGCAUCGAGGAAAUAUCCCAUUCAAGAAUGCAGUUCCUGUUUUCCAGUCUUGUGAUUUUGAUUGCAUCGGCAUGCGUUUUCGUCCAGGCCAAAAGCGAUAACAACAACGAUAAGGAGGAAAACUUCCGUGCUGGCAGAGCACAGCCUUCUCAUGAAGUCGAUCUAUCGAAAAACCAAGGCCGCUUCAUCUUCAAAACGGUAACGCUGAGUCUCCAAACGUCAACCUUCACUACAGUUACCACCAGUGUCACAACCUGCACGACUUCUACUGCCGGCCUUUCCGUCUGCACCGCUUCCGGCCGACGCCGUCGUGGUCUCCAUUUGAGCGGAAACAAGGAGGGUCGCGGUCUUUUCUACAACGAGAAAGAAGAAUACAGUGAAGAUGGCAGCAUCUUUUUGCCAUCACCUGUCAAAGAGGAGGAGGCCGCUCCGUCCGUGCAGCAAUUGGAAUCGGAAGUUGACUCUGUCCGCGAAGUCCGAGCUUCUCCGGAGCCGAUCCCCUUUGUCGUCCAGCCUGGAUUCGAUGCUCCUCCCAGUCUUGGUCGGCUGUUGUUUGCUUUUGCCACGACAACUAUCACGUCGACUUCGACUUCAACUAGCACCGCUUCCCUGACGGCCGCUUGUCGAAGCACCACCGGAUACCAAGUGUGCAAUGCCUUUGGUAAAUAAGGAUUGAUCGAAUCACGGACCUUUUACCCCCCAACCACUUCGAUCCAUUCGGAACUUCACCAGGAGAACACGUUGAAAUGAAAAAAAAAAGUUUACACGAUGUGACUGUCGAAGAUGACUUAUACUGUAUUUAUUUACACACACACAGCACAACUUGACAUUUGAAAUUUUGUGUUCAAAUUCUAAACUUGUACAUCCUGGUCCGUUCGCUCUGUUCUUUAAGGUGGCCACCCAGCACCCUUUAUUCUCCCAAAAUAAUUAAAUAAAUUUUAUCAGCAUUUAAA